AUGCAUCAAGACCAGCAACAAAGCCUUUUUCAGGCCCGCAUUAUAGCCAGCGUUGCAGCUACCAUCUUGUCCCUAGCUUGUGGUACCAAUGUCGGUCUCCUUCUAGCAGCUGUACCAUUCUUGAGUGAGUAUGUCUACUCAGCUUGGGCUCCGCAAUUCGCGGAGCGACUCAAGUUGUCGUCUACAGAGAGUAACCUGAUCGGCCUAGCUGGCAACCUGGGAAUGUACACCUUGGGAAUGCCCAUCGGUAUAUUCGUUGACCAUCGUGGUCCUCGGCCUGCUGUUCUUGGUGGAGCUAUAUUCAUGCUCUUUGGCUACUUUCCGCUACAUCAAGCCUACCAUCGUGGAUCAGGAUCAGUCAUGUUGAUGUGUCUCUUCUCUUAUAUGACCGGCUUAGGUGGUUGUAUGGCAUUCGCUGCUGCUGUCAAGACGUCUGCUCUCAAUUGGCCCAACCAUCGGGGAACCGCCACAGCCUUUCCUCUGGCCGCCUUUGGUCUAAGUGCCUUCUUUUUCUCAUUCAUUGGCGCAGUAUUCUUCCCCGGUGACCCCAGUGCUUUCCUUGAGCUUCUUGCUUGGGGCACGUUUGGCCUUACUUUUGGAAGCUUCUUCUUCCUCAAGGUUCAUCACGAGCAAGCUGAGUACGAGGCUGUACCUGCUUCGGACGAAACCCCAAGUCUUCCAUCUACCGACUCCCAACAACUCCGACCAGGCUCCUCCGACGAACCAAAGCCCUACCGCUCGUCCCGGGCGGAGGACGAACCCGCAGCCUCAUCAACCGCCCCCGCCGACGCCCCAGAUCCGACGGGCUCUCCUGGAAUAUCAUUUGCGCCUGAAUUUGGCCUUGUGGUCGCCCCCGAGAACCCCGAAGACCUCGAGGUUGGCGAGACGUCCCCCCUGAUAUCUCGAUCCGGACAGCCCCCUCUUAGAAAUUGCGAUAUUAAUAGCGGUGGAUCUCAUCAUGUAGACAUCCGGGGUCUUGCUCUCGUGCGCAGUGUCAGUUUUUGGCACCUUUUUGUCAUCAUGGCUAUUUUGGCUGGUGUUGGUCUCAUGACCAUCAACAACAUCGGCAACGACGCCAAGGCUCUUUGGAAACACUAUGACAAAAAUGUCACUGACGAAUUUCUCGUUCAUCGGCAACAAAUGCAUGUAUCGACUCUCUCUAUUUGCAGUUUCUUGGGUAGACUAUUGAGCGGCGUGGGUUCGGACUUUUUGGUGAACAAGCUUCACGCCAGCAGGCUCUGGUGUCUUGUCGUCGCUUGCACAGUCUUCAUCUUCGCUCAAGUGUGCGCAUUGAACAUUGAGAAACCGCAACUCCUUGGGCUGGUCUCGGGCCCAUCAGGACUUGCCUAUGGCUUCCUAUUCGGUGUGUCUCCUUCUCUCGUCGCCGAAAUGUUUGGUGUUCGGGGAUUAAGCCAGAACUGGGGCUUCUUGACCAUGGCUCCCGUUAUUUCGUCCAACAUUUUUAAUAUUUUUUAUGGCAAAAUCUAUGAUCAGCAUAGUGUCGUUGGACCAGACGGUGAACGUUUCUGCUCAGUUGGACUCGAAUGCUAUCGCUCCGCUUACUGGGUCACCCUCAUCUCCUGCUGCGCGGGAACGGGCAUCACUCUUUGGGCGAUCCGUCACCGACAUAACAAAUAUCUAAGAGCAAUGGACAAGGGUGACGAAGAGGAUUAG